AAAAAAGGAAUGAUAAACCCCUAAUCCCUGACGAGCUCUUGGGAGGACCGAGGGAGGCAGGUAUGAUAGGCGAGGCUUCUGUCUCUUCCUCCUCCGCCCUCUCUUCUCUGCCACCUGCUCAUCCUCGGCCCUGCCCUCCCAUCGCCCGUCUCCCCUCCCUUUUCUGUUGUUCCUGGACCCACCACCCAGCCUUUCCAGUUCAGCAGAUGCGUAAUCGGCCCCUAGCGAGGGCUGACUACGGUGGUGCCAGCAGUAACGACGGCUGGGGCUGGGGCUGAGCCGCUGGAGACUGCCGGCCACAUCGCUGUCGUGAGGGACAGAAGAUGAGCCUGUCUGUCCUGGAGGGCAUGGGCUUCCGUGUGGGCCAGGCCCUGGGCGAGAGGCUGCCCCAGGAGACGCUGGCCUUCAGGGAGGAGCUGGACGUCCUCAAGUUCCUAUGCAAAGACCUGUGGGUGGCCGUGUUCCACAAGCAGAUGGACAGCCUCCGCACCAACCACCAGGGGACCUACGUGCUGCAGGACAACAGCUUCCCCCUCCUCAUCCGGAUGGCCUCCGGCCCGCAGUAUCUGGAGGAAGCACCCAAGUUCCUGGCCUUCACCUGCGGCCUCCUGCGAGGCACCCUCAGCACCCUGGGCAUCAAGAGCCUGGUCACCGCCUCCGUGGCAUCCCUGCCCACCUGUAAGUUCCAGGUGGUGAUUCAGAAAACCUGAGAAGCCCCGGGCCCGCACCCCAGCUGAGCCUCACCGCCGCCCCGGCCCGGGGGGGCCUCGGACCACUGCCUUUGGGGGUGGCCAGAGGACUGGUGUUGGGCACCCCAGACUCUAUGGGUGAUGAACAGGUGGGGGGCGGGGGUCCAGCCGCUUCAGGGAGUCCCAUGUGCUCAGGUGGGUGUCCUAGGGAGGUAAGGGCAUCCCAGGUUGGGGCUGGUGUGAAGGGUUCCCUGCACGGGACUCCUCCUUCUGCGCGGCAGGUGCCCAAUAAAGGUUUUGCGUGUGGA